CGCCUGCUCACUCGGCGGCAGCCGACUGGUGAGAAAGCUACUUACCAGGAGAGUUCCAUGUGCUGGCGGGUUCCGAAGCGGGGGCAUCAUGGUAUGAGAGAAAGAUGGGGGCCAGGGUGACCCGCGCUCUCCGGAACUUCAAUCUGGAUAACCGUGCUGAGAGGGAAAUCAGCAAGGCGAAGCCGUCUGCUGCCCCCAUGCACCCCACCACCAAGACCCUGAUUCAGGAGGAAAUCAAACGCCAUCCAGAAUUAGAGGAAAUAGUUAAAAAAAAAGAUGACAAGCUGCUCACAUUGUUGAAAGAAGUAUAUGUUGACUCCAAAGAUCCUGUUCCACAUGUCCGGGUGAAAGAUACCAGUAUACCUCACUCAACGGAGCUCAGACUUCUAAAAGGCAAUCACUUUAACCUCAUGUCUUCCGAGAACAUUCCCAAAGGCAAAAUUUCUGUGGUGGAGGCUCUCACACUACUUAACAAUCAUAAACGUUUUCCUGAAACGUGGACUGCAGAGAAAAUAGCCCAGGAAUAUUAUCUAGAACCGAGAGAUGUGAAAUCCCUUCUCACAUUUUUCAUUGCUUUUGAUGUAAAGCUCUUUCCUGACAAUAACAAAAAGAAAGCUAUAUCAUCUAAGUGAAAGAAGCCAUCAGAAGCAUUUUCCACCAUGCUCCCUACGUAUGCCCUCGUCUUAUUCUUCGCCUCCUGAAUGCAUUAAAUUAUGUUGUCAUUUGACCAAGUGAUUACAGUUCUCUCUUUGUGACUGAAAACUUUUAUUUAAUGAGCAGCUAAUUGUGUCAGGCUGCUGGUCUAGCAGGAAAUGUUUUGACAAUAUUUCAUUCUGCUGUAUUCUAUCAUGUGUAUAUCCAAAUGAAUGAGCUCAACAUUAAUGUGUUCCUUAGAAGUGGGAAAAGCAGGCUCUUAUUUUUAGGCAUAGCAAGUGACCAGUUCUGAAGUGGUCCCACUCUCUUGGGAUAUGUCUGAGAGUGUAUCUAAAAUUAAAGAAAAAUUUUUUUGUCUUCCGA